CUGAUCUGAAGCGCUCCAAUCAGCACCUGCUGGUCAAAACUGUGUAGGCCUACAUGCAGCGAGAUUACAUCUUGUGUAUUGAGAAUAUUUACAGACCUAUGACAUUCUGUGUGUGUUCUGUUAUCUUUUGUAGUUCUGUUUUAAAUUAUUGGCUAUUUAUUUAUUUAAUUUAAGACCAUUAAUUAACACUCUAACCAACACCAUUCCAGUGCACUGACUGCCAAACCAGGAGCUAGAGAUUUACUAUGGAUUUAUAUUUAUUUUUGUUAAUUAUUCUUAAUAAUUAAUUAUUUAUCUUAAACAUUACAGAGUCACCAAAGAUGCAGAAAAACUCCUGGUGAAGCAACUGAGAUCCAUGUGACGAAUAAAAAGAUGACGUUUAUUAAGGAAGAGCGUGAAGACUUGAAGAUUGAAGACUCAUUCAGAGUGAAACAUGAAGAAAUGAAGGAACAAACAGAUCUGGUAGCGUUGAAAGAGGAGAGGGCAGUACUCAAUGAAAUGAAAGAGGAAGACCUUGACUUCACAACUGAAGAAAAGUCUUUUAGUUGCUCACAGUCUGAAAAUACUUCCUCACAAAAUAUAGCUCAAAUGACAGGAACCCUUAAUUCCCACACAAGAGAAGCUUCUGGAGAGAAGCCUUUCAAAUGCCAGCAGUGCGAAAGGAGUUUCCGAUUAAAUAAAUACCUUAAGAAUCACAUGAGAAUUCACGCAGAGGACAAGCCUUUCACAUGCCAUCAUUGUGGAAAGAGUUUUUGUCAUAAAGGUAGUCUCAAAACUCACAUGAGAAUUCACACUGGAGAGAAGCCUUACUCGUGCCCUCAAUGCAGAAUGAAUUUCACAUAUAAACCAACCUUUAACGCUCAUAUGAAAAGUCACACUGGAGAGAAUUACACCUGCAAACUGUGUGAGAAGAGCUACUCGCAAAAGGGAAAUCUAAAGUAUCACAUGAGAGUUCACACUGGAGAAAAGCCUUUCACGUGCCCUAACUGUGGAAAGAGUUUCAGUUAUAAAGUAAGCCUCAAGUCUCACAUGAGAGUUCACACUGGAGAGAAGCCUUACUCGUGCCCUCAAUGCAGAAUGAAUUUUACGUAUAAGGAGUCCUUUGUUAUCCACUUGAGAGUACACACUGGAGACAACUUUUACACUUGCAAACUGUGUGGAAAAAGCUUCUCACAAAAAGGCAAUCUAAAGUAUCACAUGAGAAUCCACACUGGAGAGAAGCCAUUCACAUGUGAUCAGUGUGGUAAGAGUUUCAGACACAAAGUGACCUUAAAUAAGCACAGCAGGAUUCACUCAAGAGAGAACUGUCCUGUAUGUCAUCAAUGUAGAAAGAGCUUCUCCGACAAGAAAGACCUUAAGAAUCAUAUAAUAACUCACAUCGGGGAGAAGCCUUUCAUGUGCCACCACUGUGGAAAGAGUUUCACACGUAAAGGAAAUCUCAAGACUCACAAGAUAAUUCACACGGGAGAAAGGCCCUUCAUAUGCCAUCACUGUGGAAAGAGUUUCAGAUUUAAAGGAAAUCUUCAGACUCACUCGAGGCAUCACACCGGAGAGAGGCCUUACACAUAUCUUAAGUGUGAGGGGGGUUUCACAAAUCAAAGAGACCUGAAAUGUCAUUUUCAAACUCAUUCUGGAAAGAAACCGCAGUGUUUCGAGUGUGGGAAGAUGUUUAGGAAAUGGAGCAGUUUCAAAAGUCAUCUGCGCAUCCACUCUGGGGGAAGGCGAUUGAAUUGUGAUCAGUGUAAUAAAAAGUUUAUUUUCCCGUCACACUUACAGAGACAUAUGAAAAGUCAUGCAGAUGUAAGACUUUAUUGGUGUUAUUUGUGUGGAAAGCGUUUUAAGUGGUUUAGCAAGUUUAAAUUGCACCAGAAAGUAAGUCUCUGUGUGAAAUCAAGGCUGCGUUUAAAGCCAAAGAUGAAUGUAGUCUAAAUGCCGAUUUCCUUCUCAGAUAUUAUUUUGUUCACAGGACCUUUUAACUGUGGCCCAUAUCAGAUACCAUCGUAACAGGUGACACUGCACCAUGUGUUUUAUUUUGUAUCCUUUACUUUUGUUUUGUCACGUACAUAUGAAUGUUUGUGGUCCCACCUGAUCAUUUCCUUUGCUAUAGUUUCAAACAUUUAACGGCUGCUGUAGACAGCCUCCAAUUUAGUUUUUAUGAAGUCGUUUCUUUAAUAUUUGAUUCAGAAAAAUAUUAGAAAAGCUUUGUCUUUCUGUGUAGUGCCACAGUUGCUAUCUUUACAUGCAUUCUGUUUAUAAUCAGAGUGACUGCUGAAUCAGACUCAACUGGAAAGCCUUCAUUCAAUUCGAUUGAGUUUGACUGAUUAUUUAUUUAUUUAUAUAUUUCAACUAUUAUUUGGACGGGAAAAUACAACAAAGAAUAUUGUUUACAUAUAGCGAAUCAAUUCACUCUCUCUCUGCCCAAACGAACCUUCUUUCUUUUCACCCCAAGUGGCUCAUUAGGGAAUUGCAUGUCCAAAAUUAACCUUGCUUUGUAAUAACUUUCUUCAACGGGUACAUAGAGACAUAAGACAAGUGUCAAUCAAUAGAAGAGGACAGUGGACAUUUUUCACCACCUUUCUUUUUACCCUAGUGGCUGACUAUGGAUAUGCAUGUUGAAAAUGAACUUUCUUUCUGUAAUAACUUUCUUUAUCAAGAAGAUAUAGAUAUGAAACCAGUGUCAAUCAAGAGAAGGGGACAGUGGA